GAGACUUUUUUGUAACAAGGCCUCUUCUUUCGUUUUUCUCAGUAAAUAAAACUCAAGUCGAUGAGGUAUGAUACAUUCUCUCAGGCCCAAACCAUUUCUUCGCAAAGUACUACAUUAACUUAAUUGAAAGAUAAUUGUAACUUGGCCUGGCUUCUAGAACCCACAAUUUCAGGAUCCACCUGUCCGUUCUUUAGGGCCUCCCGGAGCGCUGGCCUGCCAAGGAGGGCAAGGGUCGCCCCGGCGCCGCCGCGAGGCCAGGGGCGCCUCUUCAGAGCGUUAUCAGCGGCGGCGCGUGGGCCUGACGAACUGCAGGAGGCUCCCGAUAGGGAAGCGCUUGGGCGCCAAGCUGGGAGACCAAACCCUACCACCGCGGGCGGCCAGACCGACCCCGUCCGCGAGGCCUUUCUCCGCCGAGGCCCUUCUUGGCGCCCAGGGGGCCUAGCGGCGGCGACAGAAAGCCCUGAAGGGGAGCCGCGGGCAGGUUCGCACCCGCCGGAGAUCACGCACUGUGAGCCUGCGCCCUGAGCCGCCACCUCCGGGCGGCCGCCGGGCUGCCGCCUCCCCAGGAGCCGCCGGCGCCAGGACCAGCAGCAGCUCUUGCAGGCCGGCGAGCUCGCCCGCUCCGCUCCGCCGCCCCGGGCUUUCGAAGAUGUCCGCCCAGCCCAAUGCUGGCUUCGCGAGAGAGGCUUCUCGCCAGAUCCUGGCCGGUGGUUCCGCUGAUCUGCAUUGGCGCAUGACUUCUUUUCAGCACACAUACAUUGGAGAUUAGAAGGUCAACAAAGAAGCAAAGAAGGGAAAGAAAAGAAAGAAUAGCAGAGAUACUGGCACCUAAGUUAUAUGGUCUUGUAGAAAUUUGCCUGAUGCACCCCCUCGAUGUGGUGAAAACCAGAUUCCAGAUUCAGAGAUGUGCAACUGAUCCAAAUAGUUAUAAAAGCUUGGGAGACAGCUUUCGAACAAUUUUCCGAAGAGAAGGAUUGUUUGGUUUUUACAAGGGGGUUCUGCCGCCAAUCUUGGCUGAAACACCAAAGAGAGCAGUGAAGUUUUUCACCUUUGAGCAGUACAAGAAAUUGCUAGGAUAUGUGUCACUGUCACCAGCAUUGACAUUUGCCAUUGCUGGAUUAGGAUCCGGACUAACAGAAGCGAUCGUGGUUAACCCUUUUGAGGUAGUAAAAGUUGGCUUGCAAGCAAAUCGGAACAAAUUUACAGAGGUACCCGGUAACCCACAUGAAUGUGCUCUCCAGGCUCAACCAUCCACGAUGAGUUAUGCAAGACACAUCAUUAAGACAGAAGGCUUGGGACUCCAGGGCCUCAACAAAGGAUUUACAGCAACUUUGGGACGUCACGGGGUUUUCAACAUGGUUUAUUUUGGCUUCUACUACAAUGUCAAAAACAUUAUUCCUGUCAAUAAGGAUCCAACCUUGGAGUUUUUGAGAAAAUUUGGGAUUGGUCUUCUCUCAGGCACAAUAGCCUCAGUCAUUAACAUCCCUUUUGAUGUUGCCAAGAGUAGGAUUCAAGGGCCUCAACCAGUUCCUGGACAGAUCAAGUACAGAACCUGUUUUAAAACAAUGGCAACAGUCUACCAGGAAGAAGGGUUUUUAGCUUUGUACAAAGGCCUGCUUCCCAAGAUUAUGAGGCUUGGACCAGGUGGUGCGGUGAUGCUGCUGGUUUAUGAAUACACCUAUUCAUGGCUUCAGAAGAACUGGUGAUUGCCUUAGAAGUGUUGAGAUCAUGGAUAUCUGGUAUACAGCACCAUGAGGAGGGACUAUCAGCUCAGCUGAUGUGCUUAUACAUUAUAAUUACACAAUUAUAUACAAUUAUUAAGGGGAAAGAGCUUAUUCAAGAACAAAACCUAUUUUGAUACUUCAGAAAUUCUCUCUAGACAAAUUGAGACUGUACUCUUGGCCCUAUCUAUAAAUCUGUGAGACGAAAAAUAGUAUGAAGUAAUCAGGUAUGUAAACUGAACAUAGAAAAUAGUAUAGAAAUCAGAUUUCACAAAAAUUAUAUAAAUUUUGUGAUGUUUUCCUCCUAUACUGCUUCAAUAUGAAAAUGCACUGUAUUAAUAAUUAUUUUUCCCACGAGAUCAAGAAAUGCUUAAAGUAAUAAAAAAAGCCAAAAUUUGAGUAGUUUUUAUAAGUAAUUAAAUUCUCCCGUAAAUAAUAUUUAAAAGGCACAAGGAAAAUGUUUUCAAAGUACACUAAAAUGGCAUUUUUUAAAUGCUGCAUUUUAUGUCAAAAUUUAAAUUUGUUGGUGUUCUUUAGAAUAAUAAUACACAUCACAGCUAUAUUUUCCCAAAUCUACUUUAUAUUUUGUACUGUUGUUUAAAGAAGGUCAUAUUUUAAAUCCUGAUACGUGGAGUCUUUUACGGCAAAUAGAACACAUGAAUUAUAUUGAACUAUUUUCCUUUACAUAAUUCCCUUUGAAAACAAUUUUUGUUGCUGAAAUAUUUUCAUGUUAAAACACAAAUUGGAACCACUCCUUGGGCCCAUUUGUGCGGUCUGUAUUUGCAUCCAGCUAUCUUUGUUCAGAAUUCUUACCUAUGCCAUUCUUAGAAAGAAUGUUUAGAGCAAAACUACAUUUCCAAGUUAUUAGUUUCAAGUGAUAGCUUCAGGUGUGAAGUCAACUGUCUGCAUUGUUAAAAUAUGCAUUAUGAAAGGAAAAAAUGUUUCAAAAUAGAAGUACAUUCUUAGCAUUUCCAAAGAUUCCUGUACUAACAUGCACUCUAAAAAUAUCUCCCUGGCACUGAUAUAACCAAACUUGAUUUUAUAUUUGCAUCCUGAAAUGAUGCUACUUCGGUAGCUAAAGUCAACAAAAUGUCUGCACACUCUAGAUGAUACGUGUUCUUAACUACUGCUAAGGGAUAUUUCUACCAUGAGGCUAUGUCACUAAAGCAUUUUGAAAAUAAAAAAUAAAAGAUAACUUGAUAA